GACUAAGAAAGUGCUGUGCAUCACCUUCUCCCUGGGGGCGGUCCUCGUGGGAGCAGUGGUGGCCGCUGUCUUGCUCUGGAAAUUCAUGGAAAACAAGUGCUCGGUAUCCGGGAUCGAGUGUGGCUCCUCGGGGACCUGCGUCAGCGCCUCUCACUGGUGUGACGGGGUCCUGCAUUGCCCCAGCGGGGAGGACGAGAACCGAUGUGUUCGCCUCUACGGACCCAACUUCAUCCUUCAGGUGUACUCGUCCCAGAGGAAGUCCUGGCACCCCGUGUGCCAAGACGACUGGAGUGAAAACUACGGGAGGGCGGCGUGCCAGGACAUGGGCUACAGGAAUAGUUUUUACUCCAGCCAAGGAAUAGUGGAUGACAGUGGGGCCACCAGCUUUAUGAAGCUGAACGUAAGCGCCGGCAACACCGAUCUCUAUAAGAAACUCUACCACAGCGAUGUCUGUUCUUCAAAAACAGUGGUUUCCUUACGCUGUAUCGAAUGUGGGGUCAACACGAAGAUGAGCCGCCAGAGUCGGAUCGUGGGUGGGACGAGCGCGGCCCUGGGGGACUGGCCCUGGCAGGUCAGCCUGCACGUCCAGGGGGUCCACGUCUGCGGAGGCUCCAUCAUCACCCCCGAGUGGAUCGUGACAGCGGCUCACUGCGUGGAAGAACCUCUUAACAACCCACGGUAUUGGACGGCCUUCGCAGGGAUUUUGAGACAAUCUUUCAUGUUCUAUGGAAACGGGUACCGGGUGGAAAAAGUGAUUUCUCAUCCGAAUUAUGACUCGAAGAGCAAGAACAAUGACAUCGCGCUUAUGAAGCUGCAGACCCCUCUCACUUUUAAUGACAGAGUGAAACCCGUGUGUCUGCCCAACCCGGGCUUGAUGUUGGAGCCCACACAGUCCUGCUGGAUUUCCGGGUGGGGUGCCACCUACGAGAAAGGGAAAACGUCGGAGGUGCUGAACGCCGUCAGGGUUCCCCUCAUUGAGCCCUGGCAAUGCAACAGCAAAUACGUCUACAAUAACCUGAUCACGCCCGCCAUGAUCUGCGCAGGGUAUCUGCAGGGGACCAUUGAUUCCUGCCAGGGUGACAGUGGCGGUCCUCUGGUCACUUUGAAGAGCAGCGUCUGGUGGUUGAUUGGGGACACCAGCUGGGGGUCUGGCUGUGCCAAGGCUAACAGACCAGGAGUGUACGGAAACGUGACAGUAUUUACAGACUGGAUCUAUCGACAAAUGAGGGCAAACAGCUAAUCCACACAGCCUUGUCCUUGAUGCCAUCCUACAAGGAAAUGAAAGGGCUGGUUUUUAAUUCCCUGUGCAUAAUGUAUUUUUAGAGAUGAUUCAAAGGUCCUCUCAUUUUUAUUAAAUAGUGAACUUGACUGUCUUUGGCGCUCUCCACGGUUCUGUGCAGGCCACAGGUGCUCCCCCAGAGCCCAUGCUCCCUGGCCUCUUGUCCAAGACGACUGUCCGGCCGGGCUGGGCGUGGGUGCCCAAGGCAACGCAGAGCAGAGAGGUGCACCCGCCCACUGGGGUCUUCCUUCUGAGCCCAUCCGGGGGCCGGUUUUGGAUGCACAGGGGGCUGGUGACCUCUCAGCUGCUGGACAGCUUGAGAUAGAAGGGAGAAAGCCGGGUGGGACCAGCAGGAGCCACCCUCUGUGGCCAUCGCUAGGGAGGACCACCUGGGGUAGCCCCAGGGCCUGUCUCCCUACAAGAAUUUUCACUGACCAUUUUUAGUGCCUUCUUAGCAGCCCCAGAUGGUGGCUGGAAAUAAAGGGACCAGCCCUUCAUGGGUGAUGACUUGAUAAGUCACUUGAAAGGGCAUCAGAAACCUUUUUUUUCUUCUCGCGGGGGUGAGAGUGUAGACGGAGCCAGACGUGUUCACCCCUGAGCACUGCUGGGACAGGUGGCCACCGCCUGUUGGGUAGGGCUCCGCCCAGGGAGGUCCGCCUUACCCGCCUCCCUCCUCCUUGGUUCUCCCCCCAGCCUCCUUGGGGGUGAGCACUCCCCCAUGGUCCUCACAGGGGGGCCGAGUGGGGUGCCAUGCUGACCCUCUUCAGGCCCGCUAAUCACAGGAAAUUGAGGUCACCUGGGGAAAUCAGGGAUGUGUGAUUAAAGAUACACUGUUUCCAUACGUUACUACCUCAGUGCUCUUGGAAUCUUGGCUGUGACAACACCUCUAGUCCUCACACUUGGUUCUGGUAACCAUUGUCCUUGCCAAGAAUGAAUGGUGGCCAAUUCGAGCUGCUUUUACAAAGUGACUGGCUCCUAAUUUCAUGUUCUAUCAGUGAGUUUGCUGACGAACAGCACCUGUGCUUGCGACAAAGAACAGAAAGGUGAUUUUGGACUCCCUGUGGCCCCUUAGGUUUCCCCUGGGGGAAGGGCCACGCUUGAAUUGCCGCGUGGGGACUUGUGAAAGUUGUGCUCUGAGCACUGCCUCCCCCGGUAUUCGGCCUCCCCUCACGCACACUGGUUUCCAAGAGUGAAAUGAUGAUUCUGCUGCUGGGACUUAACCUUGCAAUGGUAGUUCGUACAGCCCCAUUCCCAGGGGGCCGCACUGCACGUGCCUCAGUGACAGCAGUGUCCCCGGGGGCCUUCCAGACACGCAGCACUGAGGUACCUGCUCCUUAAGCCAGAUCUCAAAAAGCCUGUCACGCUGAGAAUGUGUUCCUUCCUUAGUGCUUCUUUUUAUUUAUGUGAUGCCCCCCCUCCUUUGUCUUCUGUUUUGUAUCUUUUUUAAAAGUGUCAAAUUCAAUUGUGAAAUAUUGUACAAAUAAAUUAUACAUUUUUUUUCCAAAUAUUUACUGCGUCUUUGGAGCCCUGUUCCACCUCAUCUGAGAAUGGUAGGGGGGACUCAAAUUUUCUGCCAUUCUUUUGGUCAUCAAAAUGCUGCUAGUAUUGAUUUGGGGGUUACAACUAGAUUUUAGCAAGUAAGCAAAUUCACAAAUGAGGGAUUCUUGAAUGACGAUUGAGCCUACACCUGAAAAUGUCCACAUGGGCGGUUGACGAUCUUGCCUGUUACAGUUUUCAUUUUGCACUCACCUUGUGAAUGGUUUUUCUUUAGGAUGAGGCUGAUUUCACGUACAAUACUUAGCCAGAAUGCUGAGACUAAGGAAAUGACUGAUAUUUGCGUAUUUAAACCUUUAGAAAAAGUCAAUAUGCUUCAUACAAAAUGAGCCACAAUACUAACAGUAAAGUGAACACACGAUUGUUAAUACAAGUGCACGACCUGCGCUGAUUAUUCUGUGGGUUCUCGCAAGGUACGACCCCACCUUGACUCACCUCUUGCUGUGUUGUUUCGGGGACAGUCCCGCCUUCGACUGGGCCUGGCCUGUUCCCGACUCUUUCUCUCUGUUCUGUGGUUCCCCUCAACCUGCUCCAGUUUCGGAGCCUGGCUUUGUGAAGAGCCACACAGUCCCUGGUUGGGACCACCACGGCCCCGAGCUGCUUUGGAUGAGGUGAUGUGUCAUGUGAACACCAGAGCGCCCUACCCCCCGUACACCCAGUGUUUUACGAAAAGUGCUGGAACUGAGGCUCCUUCUGAAGUACCAGUUAAGAAAUCCACCAGCGUGCCAGCUGCCUCGUUCUACAUGAAUUCACUCCAUGAACAGUGGUGUGUGAACCAUCACUUAGCUGUGACGGGGGAGACUGACCUUGUCUCCUUGUCACCGCCUGAAAACCCAUGGAACCCCUGGGGGAAAACGGGGGAUCACACACAGGGAAAACCAGGUUUCCUGUCGCCUGGUGCAGAAUUUGCUGCUGGGACUGGAGUCCUUUCCUGCCAGGCAAACAUGCCCCUUGGGGGACCGGUCCAGCUUCCAAAGGCUGGGAGCUUUUGUCCUUGCUUUUGCUCCACAAGGAUAGUGAUAAAGGCGCAUGCCCUGUAGCUUCUGGAGGACACCCAGGAACCCAGGAAGCCAUUUGAACACACCC